UGCCACAGUUGUCAUGCCCACCAUGUGAGUCACCCACUCGGCCCAGUUGCCCACCCUGCCCAGAAUGUCAUGCCUGCCCAGAGUGUCCGACAACAGAUGUACCGGAUGUUGGUGGAGAAUGGCCAUCUUCCUUUCCUGACAAUGGCACCCAGCCUCAAGGGGGAACAUCAACUGCAGCUGGUGCCACACUAAUAAAUGAGCUGAAGGACGGACACUACUUUUGGAUGUUUAUUGCUAUUGCAUCUCUUGUUCUUAAUGCGCUGUUUGGAUUGUGUUUUCUUCGCCGGAAGUGCAAAGAUUUUCAAAAUCGGUGCCAUCUCCCCCAAAAUGAUCGGCCAUAUCAUUCCGUAGCCAAUGGCCAAGUUGAGAUGGGAAACAGACAAGGCGGCUCAGGUGAUUCUGAUACCAGUGCGAGAGAAUGUCCCCAAGGGCAGAUGAACAAUAACGUUGAGGGUGGGGUUGAAGAGGAAGCGAACAGAUCUGGGAGAUCCAGCAUCUCAGCAGGUGCCUGUGGUCGUGGAGACGACACUGCCCAAACUAUUUCAGAGAAGAGCAGUCUAUUUCAGAGUAAUGGUGCUCCUUCUGGAGUUGCAGAUGUAGGGAAUUCCGAGAAUGAAACUGCCCCGAAGAGGAGCGUGAAGGUUGCAGGGGUUUGCCAUCGGACUCCAGACAACCACCACACUACAUCCCAUUCCAGUCCUCCAGUAGCUCCUCAGCCCAGGCAGGGUGACAGUGUUCAAGGGAGCACACCAAGCACUCAGCCACUGUUGGCCAGCAUGACACAGCAAGACAAGACCCUGGCAAGUGGAAUGCCAACAGGUGCCUACCAGCAGAAUGUGCCAGCAUCAACUGUUUCUGAAGGGACUGGAGAGGAUCAGCCAUAUAAUUGCGUAGCCAAUGGCCAAGUUGAGAUGCGAAACAGACAAGGCGGCUCAGGUGAUUCUGAUACCAGUGCGAGAGAAUGUCCCCAAGGGCAGAUGAACAAUAACGUUGAGGGUGGGGUUGAAGAGGAAGCGAACAGAUCUGGGAGAUCCAGCAUCUCAGCAGGUGCCUGUGGUCGUGGAGACGACACUGCCGAAACUAUUUCAG